GGAAUUGAAAGUGGGUUCGCUGCUGCUUGUCUAAGCCCCAGCACAGCAGCACAGCAGAUCGCAUCGGGUUGCAGUUGUGUUAUGAUUUCUCUAUAGUGCUUAGUUACGAGUGGAAAGAGUUCGUGUCACUACUGGGAGUGUGCAUGAAUAAUGGAGCAAUGUGGACAUGUCGUUCCCUUAUUGGAUGUGACUUAUAAAGGUGCUGGCACCUUUCCUGCCUUGGUGCAGAGGGAAUAAUCAGGAGAUGGAAAAGAUGACCGCUCUCCACUUCUCACCGGCCACUACUUUAAGACUCUCAGAGAGAGACUGAAAGGAGAGAGAAAGGGAUCCUCUGGAAUACAGGCGAGAGGGUGGGACAAAGAGAAACCAUCUGAAGCUAUCGGCCACUUUCCAAAGCAGAGGAAAUGGCUUUCUUGGAUAACCCAGCCAUUAUUCUGGCCCACAUCAGACAGUCUCAUGUGACCAGUGAUGAUACGGGAAUGUGUGAGAUGGUACUAAUCGACCAGGAUGUGGAUCUGGAGAAGUGCCAGCUGGCUCUGGUACCUGGCAGCAGCUGUGGGUCCACAGGGUCGGGCCCCCUGAUCGAGGGGGGCAGCAGCGUGACAGACAAUCAUGGCUGCGACCUCUCCCAGUCCAUGGAUAUCACCUCCAGCUGGGACUUCGGCAUCCGUCGGCGCUCCAACACAGCGCAAAGACUUGAAAGGUUAAGAAAAGAACGGCAGAACCAAAUCAAAUGUAAAAACGUUCAAUGGAAAGAGAGGUCAAACUCUCAGUCAGUGGAGGAUCUGGGGUCCCUGUUUGAGAAACGGGACUUUAAGGACAGGCCGCGGACAACAGGUACCAAAUCCACCCUUUCACUGCGGCUGGAGCAGUGUCCUCAGCAGCUCAACAACCCCUUCAAUGAAUACUCCAAAUUUGAUGGCAAGGGCCACAUUGGCACAACGGCAACAAAAAAGAUAGAUGUCUACCUCUCAAUGCAGCUGGCUCAGGAGAAAGUACACCCAAUGACAGUGGUGACCAUUGCCAACGCCCGCGUCCACGACCUCAUUGGCCUCAUAUGUUGGCAGUAUACAAGCGAGGGACGAGAGCCCAAACUCAAUGAGAAUGUGAAUGCCUACUGCCUCCACAUUGCUGAGGACGAUGGAGAGGUGGACACGGACUUCCCUCCGCUGGACUCCAAUGAGCCCAUCCACAAGUUUGGAUUCAGCACUCUGGCCUUGGUGGAGAAGUACUCCUCACCUGGUCUCGCUUCCAGACAGUCACUGUUUGUACGAAUAAAUGCUGCUCAUGGUUUCUCUUUGAUCCCCGUGGACAGUCUGAAGGUAACCAUGAAGGAGAUUCUCCAGAAAGCACUCAAGAAGAGGAAAGGCUCACAGAAAGGCUCAGGGCCCAUGUAUCGCCUGGAGAAGCAGACGGAGCCAAACGUCUCGGUGGACCUGGACUCGACACUGGAGAGCCAGAGCACCCUGGAGUUCUGCCUGGUCAGAGAAAACAGCUCCAGGGGCGAGGAGAGCUCGGAGGAAGACCCCCCCAUUGACAUCACCACGGUGCAAGACAUGUUGAGCAGCCACCACUAUAAGUCCUUCAAGAUCAGUAUGAUUCACAAGCUGCGCUUCACCACUGAUGUCCAGUUAGGCAUUUCAGGAGAGAAGGUGGAGAUCGAUCCUGUCACCAAUCAGAAGGCCAGCACCAAGUUCUGGAUUCGACAGAAACCCAUCUCCAUCGACUCGGACCACCUCUGUGCCUGCGACCUCGUGGAGGAGAGAAGCCCCAGUCAUGCAAUAUUUAAGGUCACUUAUCUCAGCAACCAUGACUACAAGCCGCUCUACUUCGAGUCCGAUGCUGCUACGGUCAACGAAAUAGUGCUAAAGGUGAACUAUAUCCUGGAGUCUCGAGCCAGCACCUCUCGGGCUGAUUACUUUGCCCAGAAGCAGCGGAAGCUGAGCCGACGGACCAGCUUCAGCUUCCAGAAGGAGAAGAAGACCGGCCAGUAGACCGACUGGAGCUACUCAGCCACCCGUCUGUCUGCACAUGCCGGGACGGACGCGUUGACGGGACCUGACGGGACCUGACAGUCCCAUUCACCGACAGCUUUCGGCUGAACAGAAGCAGAGACUGACGGGAAGGUCAAGUCGGACCAGGAGGACGUGUCUCUGCUGGAGCCGGGGACCAGUGGAAGCCUUCUUUGAAGAAACGUGGGACUGAGCUUUGGCUGCCAUGUCUCCGCCGGUUGUGUACGAGUCCGUCCUCCAGGAUGGAUUUGUACAACCAAACAGAGCUACAUGCGAAAUCUUUGCUUCUGUUUUCCAUCUUUAACCGAUUUAACAACAUGGAAAGAAAACCCUGUAAAUUUUUUUAAUGUACUGUAUAUAGAAAAUUAGCAUUCAAGUAAUAGAAAUAAAAUAGCCCAGUCAAUACCCUUCUGCCUUGAAUCAAGAUAAAAAAAUCCUCUAAAAGCGCUAUAAGUGACUGGGAGCAUUUCUAUUGCCUCUUAACAGCUCUCAACAUGGCGUAAGUUGGGCGCUACGCUUCUGCGACGAAGCCGCCGGUUGGGGGCGGAGUCAUCAGCUGUAACCACCGAAUGAGAGCCGUGAACUAAAAGGUGAGAGCGGCCGGCCUGGCUAUGGAGACAAAGCAAGGAGAAGCUCUUAUAAGAACACACACAGAGGGAGAGCGACUUCAUUCUGCUCAGGUAGACUUUAUUCUAGAUCUUUUACAUAUUUUAUAACUGAUAAUUGUUUGCUGCUAGGUUAAUGCUCUGAAUAUCAAAUUUAGCAUUGUGGACACUCAUUAGGUUAGUCUUUUCUCAAAUUGUUACGCCGUUUACCCCCGACAAUAUGACUGGCAUGGACAAAAUAGUAGAAACACCGCUCCCUCUAUUACUCAAUAUGGCUCAACGGCACCACAAACUACAGCCUUUUAAAUGUAUGCUUCAUGAGGGAAACGGAUACUGUGAGCUUCUGAGGUCGAGCGAGCACCGUGGCUGAGUGCGAUAGACACCCGUCAAUCAAUUCAACGCCGGUUGGUCAGGUAUUUUCUUACGCAUGACAAAGUAGUCCCUGUCCCCAGUAGCUUGGUAAAGUAACAUCGGAGAGAGUUUGGAGGAUUGCACUGAACCUCUCAACUCAUUGUUCAGUUCACAGUGAACGGCCUCUUGUCACAGCUCCAUUGUUUGAGUCUGUCCGUGUCAACAGAGUUCGUCCAGUGCACUUUGGAUUGUUUUGGUCAUUCUGAAGUCUAUCUUGAAGGGUAACUACGGGGUUCUUCGUCCUGGACGCCAUGUUGAUGUCUAAGUGACCAACGGGGACAACAGCUGUUGUAUGUAUCGUUCCGCCCACUGAAAGUGUUUUUGACACUGACGGGCUCAGAUUGUUGUGUCUGACAGCGUAAUGGAAAGAAUUCCAGAGAAAUAAAACCUUUUUCUUGACCCUUCACUUGA